AUGGAGGUUAUCAUUCGCGAGUGGGGGCUCUGGCCUGAGGCUGGAUGCAAUGCUGAGUGUCCGGGAUUCAAGUGUGUGCCGGGACACACAGACUGCUGCUGCCGGCGAAUUCUGUUCUGCCAGCCAGACUUUGUUUCUCACAAGUCCCAGCUCGAAGAGUACAUCACUUCUUGCGGUCAUAUCUUCGACUUCUAUCCAAAAUUUCACUGUGAAUUGAAUUUUAUAGAACAAUACUGGGGUGCAGUUAAAUUCCGGUAUCGCUCGAGUCAAUGGACCUGUGAUAUGGAGCAGAUGGAGUGCAAUGUCAUUGCAUCCCAUUUCAUAUCAGCAUAUUCACAAGGUCUCACUGGUGCGCAGGCUGUAUGGGUGAAUCGAAAGUACCAUGGACAUCGUACUUUGCCUCCUGACAUUGUUGAAGAGCUCAAAACAACCUUAGGAUCUGUCUAG